CCCUCAAAUUGAUGCCCUAGCUAAUUGAUCCUUCAUAACCGAACGAGGCCGAAGAAGAUUUGUCGCCGGUGGUCGGACGCUUUGACGAGGGCAACGAGGAGAACGAAGGGACUGAAACGUAAAACACUCCACCCUCAUUUGACGAGCACGACGAGGCUGAAGGGAUUUCAGAACACAAGGGCAGUAACGAAAGAAGAUUCAGCUGAUGGGGAAAACCAGCUCUCGAUCGGAUGGCAAGACUCAUGCGGACCUCAAGUUCGAAAAGAAAAUGCAAUUUUAUGAUUUGGUCAGGAGUGCAGUUGCGAAGAAAGCUAUUUCUAAGGAAAAGCAGCAAAAGAAGCGAAGCCGUCAAAAGAGAUUAAAGGCCUAUGAUCUAUCAUCCCUCUCUGAGUACCUACCUGAAGUAAAUUCUCCCUCAGAGUCGAAGCCUUCCGAACUCAAAAUCAACAGUAAAACAAGAAAUAAGUUAGUACUGAAAGAGGGUAACCAGCUGAAGACUGUUAUAAAUCAUCCAAUUUUUCAAUCAGAUCCCUUAGGUGCCAUUUAUCAACAUUUGCAGAAUACACAGCCUGUUGUGGACAAGAAGCCUAAGAGGAAGGAUGAUAAAAUGAGAAAGAAAAAAUUGAAACAGAAAUCAUCAAAGGGCUUACAGUCGAUGGAGAUUUAAAUUAUUGGUUUUGAUGUCUUUUCAAAUACCAACUUUGGGUAAAUUCCGAUACCUAUUUCUCUCGCAGUUAUCUAUGUGUUUCACAACUGUGAUGCAAUGAAUAUAGAAGGAAAUUAUGACGGGUGUGUAAUUGAGAUUCUCAUCUCAUCAUAGAUUAUGUUUUAGUUACAAUGAAAGGAAACUUCUUCAGAGUUUGCUUUACUGGGCAGGAUAGGAUACAAAUGCAAGAACCAACGUCCGAAGAGUUGGUUCUCUUUGUUGUGGUUCUAAACCUUGACCUUUUUCUUUCAACAUUUUUGUAGCUAUUGCUCAUGCAUCUAUUAAUAUAUAAAGAGACAAUGAUAUUUAUUUGAAAUGGUAACUGAAAUCAGUAAAA